GUGUCGCUGCUAACUUCGCUAGCUAACUUUGCUAAGGGCUAGCCAACUAACACUCAAAAGUUGACGGGAAAGUGAGCGAAGCGGCUGCGGCUCACCGAAGACGACCACAAAGAUGAAAACCCCGGCGGACACGGGGUUUGCCUUCCCAGAGUGGGCCUACAAGCCAGAGUCGAGCCCGGGCUCCAGGCAGAUCCAGCUGUGGCACUUCAUUCUGGAGCUGCUCCGGAAAGAGGAGUACCAUGAUGUCAUCGCCUGGCAGGGAGACUACGGAGAGUUUGUCAUCAAGGACCCAGACGAGGUGGCUCGCCUGUGGGGGGCGAGGAAGUGUAAACCGCAGAUGAACUACGACAAGCUCAGCAGAGCACUCAGAUACUACUACAACAAGAGGAUCCUACACAAGACCAAAGGGAAGAGGUUCACCUACAAGUUCAACUUCAACAAGCUAGUGCUGGUCAAUUACCCCUUCAUCGACAUGGGCUCUGGGCGAGGAGUCCCCCAGAGCGCUCCGCCUGUGCCGUCCGGAGGCACCCACUUCCGUUUUCCCCCCUCCACACCAUCUGAGGUCCUCUCAUCCACAGAGGAGCUGCGCAGCCCGGGAAUGUUCAGCAGCGUGGGCCACCGCAUGGCCCGCGGCUCCGUGAGCGACUGCAGCGACGGCACCUCCACCAACUCUGAGCUGGAGGAGGCUGUGGGUGCAGAGGACAGGGUUGGUGGUCCUGAGAGAGCUUUUAGGAGUCUCCUUCCCCCCCGCAUGCCUCACGAGUCUCUGUUCAGGGUCUACGGUGGAGCCCCAAAUCCUGGGCUCCCCAGACCUGCUCCCAGGGUCCACCCAGAGCCUCUGUCCCCAUUCCCCAUCUCACCCCUACCCGGCUCUGGAGGUCUGCUGGCCCCGACUCUCUCCCCAGCCCUGUCUAUGACCCCCACCCCUCACCUCCCUUACACCCCGUCCCCCUCCAUGUCGUCCCCCAUGCUGGGCUCCCACUUCUCCUUCAACCCGGAGGACAUGAAGCACUACCUACAGGCUCACACCCAGUCCGUCUACAACUACCACCUCAGCCCCCGAGCAUUCCUCCACUACCCCAAUAUCGUCAUCCCGCAGCCCCACCGCCCCACCCCCGAGAAACCGACCGCUGCACAUCACCUCCACGGCCCACCAAUGCCGCUCUCUCAUUCCCUCAGUCAGCAGCCCGGAGGCGGAGAGGAAGGACACCAGCAUCCAUCGCCGUUCAAGUUCAAGCUGCAGCCACCUCCGCUUGGACGCAAGCAGAGGGAAGCGGGAAGCUCACUGGCCGCUUCUUCCUCCUCCUCUUCCAGCCAGUCCUCCUCGUUUACAGGGUCCGGUCAGAUGACCAAUUCUCUGCUGAGCAGAGGGCCACCUAAUAUCAAGGUGGAGCCCAUUUCAGACAUCGAGUCAGAAGAAGAUGUGGAGGUGACCGACAUCAGCGAGGAAGAUGAAAUGAAUCAUAACGAUGAGGACGGUAUCUUCGCUCCGACAGCUGGCCACAACAAUCACCAUCAGCUAAACAACCAUCACCAGGCUAACGGAAACGGCAGCAGCCCCUCUGCUCCUCUUCCUCAGAACAAUAACCCCGAUGAUGACCCCGAUGAUGAGGUCUUCAAGACCCCCACCACGCCUCCUAUCGGUGGGGGUGGUGGCCUGGCCUUCCCUCUGAUCAGUCUGAAGAGCGAGCCAGGGAGCCAAGCAGCUCCCAUCAGCCCCGGAGGCACGCGCUGCAUCCCGCUGAAACUUCGCUUCAAGCGCCGCUGGAGCAAAGACCAGAAGAUGGAGGCGGACGGAGAGAGGGACGAGGCAGAGGACAAGAAAGUGCGGGCUGAAGGCGAGGAGGAGGCGGAGAGAAGAGGAAGCGAGGUGGAGAACGGAGGAGGAAGAGGAGAGGGGGUUAUUUUGGGGCUAAUGCUGCCGCCGCCUCCCACCCAGCGCAGAGCGAGCUCGGAGCUGCAGAGGGCCACAGCGCAGCUGUCUCUGGAAAACUCCGGCUGCUGAGCUCCACGCGUGCACAGGAUCUGACUUGGAGACAAGAGCUCGGAUAGUCUCGUCGGUCCUCGCCAGCAGUAGUAAACGUAGCAGGUUUUGAUUUGACGCAAGAGUUCGUUUGAUGCUAAAAUGGAUACAAACGCUGAAAGUUUCAACGCGCUUUGAUUUAGUUCUUCAGCUUCUAUGUGAACAUGCGUGUGUAUCAUAUGCAAUGUGUAUGUGUGUUUUUGUGCAAUAAUUCAAGGAUUCAAUUCUUAAAUUGCAGAACAAAAUAUUUUCCUUCAUAUGAAACACCAACAUGUUCAAAUAGAAAGAUUUGGCGGCUUUGUUUCCAUUUUCGCAUCGUGACGUCUUUUGGCGGUCAGUACUGUCAGCAGGUAGCUGCUCGGCAUUAUGAUGUAUGUAAAAGCUUGUGUUGCCUCUAAUGUACAGUAAGGCGAGACGCCUCGCAUCUCACCAGACGCGGUGGACACCGUCUCUCCUGUGACUCGAACACUAAGAGAUAACCAAACUUAGAUUGUACAUGGAUUUCUGCCCACUUCUAUUUCUUUUAACAUUAGAGCUCUGCAGAGAGGGCGUCUGCUCUUUAAUAUCCAUUUGCACACUGCCUCAUCCAUCCCUCCACGCCCUCACAGUGCCAGUAAGAUCUGCCAUGGUUCCCCCCACAUCGCAUAUGUGCCCAGAUUACGUCUUUAAUGAGAUUAAUGGGUCCUUCUUCUGGAACUCUGAGACAAAGUACAAGGGUGCAAAGACCCGGGUUGUAAGAAAGUAGAUCAUUUCCCCUCUCUUUGUACUCACCAUAACAGACAGUUCCUGACUUUAAAAAAAAAAAAGAGAGAGGAAAAAAAAGACGUUUAACCGCCCUGAUAGAGAUUAUAGAAGUGCCUCUCUGUCUGCACCCGUCACCUUGCAGUCGUUUACAGAACGGAGAGCAGCGAGCUAAAAAAGAGCCGACCUCGCUCCGAAGGAUCUUAAGGACUCAAGGUGAUUAGAAAGAGCUCGGCAAUCAGCGGGGACACCACGGGACAGAGGGGCCUCCUCGGCUCGUUCGCUGUACAGACGAGAGAUGAACGAAAGCUGGAAAGGAGAGAGCGGUUUUCCUGACCCUUUGACCCCUGACCCGUCGCACAAGAUUGUUUGCAAAUGAAUUCGACGCUGUACAGCAAAAAGCAUCCGGGUCUGGGAAGAGAGCGGCGGAUAUUUCUCUCCAAUUUUCUCUUCGGUUGUUGCGGAAAUGAGGAAGCAUCCACUAGCAAGGCUGUAAUUACACACACACUCCCACAGAAACAACUGUGUGUGUUUGUGGACCCAAAGCUGGUGCACCAACCUCGAGGAUACAGAGGGUUUCUCUGCUUUUUAUGUCUCUGCGUGACUUCGCACAAUCACCGAGGGGUUUUUGGAGGUUUGAGGGCGUCUGAUUUAAAAACUCGUCUGCAUUCCCCUGAUUUGUUUUUAGGACUUCUGUCAAAGGACGUUUGUGCCUCUUGAGGACGUGGACAGUAUUUUAGGGCAUUUUUGCAGUGAUCUGAGGGCUUUCUGUAUUUUGGAUAUAAUCUGUUCACGUGAUGUUUUGUUUUUGUUUUUGAGAAGCAGCGAUUCGUCUAACGGGGGGUGGGGUGGGCGAACAAGAACGGGAACCAUGAAAUGAAUGUCGAGCAUCAAGGUUAACUCAGGCAAACCUUCACUGAGAUGUUGCUAUAACAGCUUAUUUUUUAUGUCGUUUUAUUCAGAGUUUUAAACAGAAAUGUGCCCGUUUUAAACAACAACAGGUAGAUUGUGCCUUUUUUUUUCUUUUCGAGUUUUAUUGACCUACCCCCGGCUUAAUGUUUUAUCUCACACGCUCACAGAGUACCACCAUGCCUUCUGCUUUUGUAAAAGAUACAAAAUAAGUAAAUCUACACAUAUAUAUUUUAUUCAAAUAUAUAUUGAAUUCAAAUAUUAUAUUUCAAUAUGGUCAUUUGAUACAAAUCAGGAGAAUCCUACUAUUUUUAAUGGUAAAGAUGUGUGUAUAUACUCUAAUGGGCAUAUUAUUACAAGUAUAAUUCAGCCUUUGCCUUCUCACCCUUGCCUUCUCUUUGACCGUUGAGCUGCAGCGACAAAAGGCCACUGGUAUCAGAGUUUUAUAUUUAUAUUGUUCAAAAAAAUGGGGGGGAAGCAGUUAUUGUGUAUUCAGGGGACGGAGGGUGUGACGAGGAGAAAGGAGUGAACUUUUAACCCGGUGGUUCUCGAACUUAAAAGUUCACACCUCACACGUUUUUGUUUUUUUUCCUUAUCAAACUUUCAGGCAUCACAUUUGUUCGUUUUAGUUCCACUUCAUGUUCCACAGUUUGAGAACUGCUGAUUUAACCUGACCUGGGUUAAGUCAUUAUCACCCUGUUAUCUGGUGUGUUUGUUUUAAUGCCUGUGGAGUGGCAGCUGGGUGGAGUUUAACACGGAGUCGGUCACAAGAAAGGCAAAUUUAGGGGGGGUUGUUCUCCCGUUUGCUCGCUCUCCGCCCGCCUCAAACUUAAAAAUCAGCUUAAAAGAGGUGAAGGUCGCAAAACAGGGAGCGGGGAAUGGGCUCGUGUGUUCAGGGUGGUUUCUGAUUGGACGGCACAGGUAUUCAGCUUCAUGUCGCCACAUGAGGUCAGCAGGGCCACAGCUGUGAUAGGACUGGACUUUGACUGUGGACUCGAAGCUUUGUGUGUCUGUGCUGAUCUGAAGCCUACACACACACAGAGCUUCUACACGAGCACACACACACACACACACAGUACGAUGGUUAGCGAGGCUUUACUGUGGCUACAAUAAAGGGAAACAUGACAUCACACCUGACAUCAGACGCCUCCGCAGUCUUUUGGCACAGCCGUAGAAACUGCAGCCAAUCACACGCAGCGAGGAAACUGCAUCACAAAACCUCAGGGCAGAGUGGAGAGAGAGAGGGACUUCCCAUAAUCUGACUCGCUCAUUCUUGUCUGUGUGUGUGUGUGUGUGGUUUCUAUGGUUAAGCAGUUUACACACACACACGCACAGAGCUUUUUAGCCCAGUCUGCAGAGAGUCCUGGCCCAGGUUUACGUCCUGUUUGUCCAACCAGCUCCAGUCUCAAAUCCAUGUCCUAAACCAAUCAUCAGCUGUCUCCAUCAGGCAUGAGAAACGUGUCCACAGGGGUGUUUGGACGCCCUCUCCCCCAGAUAGAACACCAAGCUCCACCUGAUUGGAUGCCUUGUGUGAAUGGUCGUCUGCCUAAAACAAAUACGGUGCUUCACGUGAAAACUUAAAUUAUUUUUUAAAAACAGUCCAGGCAAAUGUGUCUGUGAGAACAUUUUCAGUGAGGCAGGUAGCAGACGACAUGCAGUGCAAGAAAACUCAAGAGGAAACCACUGAGGAAGUGCUUUGUCUUCAUGUAAAGUGGCGUUUUAAGUUUGUUUUUGAAGUUGAUGAGCAAAAAUCCACCAGCUCUGAUGAAGGACCUUGACAGCGUAGAGUCUGCAUAUCUGCUCAUAUAAUAAAUGCAUACAUUUACCUAAAGACAGAGCACCUCCGGCUUUCUUCAUUCAUUACGUAAAGCCUAGCGGGAUUGCCUGGAGCUUGAUUUGCUCUGAGAGGUGUCACAUUGCACCGGGCACCCCUGAUUUGUUUAAAGCAGCCUCAUCCUGGUGUCAUUUGGAAGACACCACCUUUGGCACCAGAAACACCUGUGGCCUCAUUUUUAGGGCACUUCUCUCGAGCAGUGUUGCUCUCUUAAAUCCCACUCCUCCUUAAAUUUGAUUGGUUAGAGAGAGAGGUCACAAUGAUGGGAAAUGUUUUCAACUUUGACCAGAAAAAAAACUACACAGUAAGCUCCACAGGACAGAAAAUAGAUGCUGUGAGCACCAAAAGAAAUAAAGAAAUAAGGCCACCUGUGCACAUGUACCUUUACCCGUAUGUCCUGCUGAUUCGCCUCGCUGACAUCAGUCGUCCUCAUUUUACAACCUCGCACCUGUAGUCAUUACUUCUCAGUGGCGAUUGUAAAGAAGUGAAAGAAAAGAUGCUUCUGAGGGAACUUCAAGGACAGAUGUAGCAGUUAACACGAGUCUGGUAGAGGAAAAUAAAAACACCCGAACUGUUACACCUGUGCUGCCUUACCUGACAACAGAAUAACCGUUUCCCACCAGCUUCACAUUUUCACUCCUCAGCCUCAUCAGUGCUGUUCUUACCGUUUUUCUUCUGUAUUAUUUCAGAUGUAUUACUGUUACUCUUGUAAUUAUUAUCUUAUUAACAUUAAUAUUUUUUUUUAAUUGCAUUGUAUCCUCUCGCCACCACCCGGCCUCUUCUCCAUUAAUUCCUGGUUUUCUGUGAGUUUGCGCUCUUUCCGUAACUAGUCGGCUUCAGUGCAGUCUUCUUUAUUUUUUAUUAUUUUUGUUUUAAUUACGCUGAUUUUAUAA